CCUCCAGCCGCUGACGUCGGUGGGCUCAUCUUGCAGACGUUUUGUCCAAGCCCAGCCCCUGUACUUGGGUGACGUAAGCGUACCACGUGAUUCGGAGCCACCGCAGCAAAGAGCUGGCACGGAGCGCCGUACAUACCGGUUGUAUAUACUGUCUGCUGCUACACACCGCACCACCAUUCAAAAGAUGUCGGGUGAAUUGCCAUUAAAUAUUAACAUCAAGGAGCCUCGCUGGGACCAGAGUACAUUUGUUGGAAGAGCCAACCAUUUCUUCACAGUAACUGACCCCAGAAACAUCCUUCUGUCUAAUGACCAACUGGAGCAUGCUAAGAAAAUUGUUCAAGACUACAGGCAUGGGAUUGUGCAGCCAGGACUCACUGAAGAUGAAUUGUGGAGAGCUAAGUAUGUAUAUGAUUCUGCCUUUCACCCUGACACUGGUGAAAAGAUGAUUCUGAUUGGAAGGAUGUCAGCUCAGGUACCAAUGAACAUGACCAUCACUGGUUGCAUGAUGACCUUUUAUAGAACAACGCCAGCCGUGAUCUUUUGGCAGUGGAUUAACCAGUCUUUUAAUGCCAUCGUUAACUAUACAAAUAGGAGUGGAGAUGCUCCCAUCACCGGAAGCCAACUGGGAACAGCUUAUGUUUCUGCCACCACAGGUGCUGUUGCCACAGCUCUAGGACUUAACGCACUAACCAAGCAUAUUUCACCACUUAUAGGAAGAUUUGUUCCUUUUGCUGCUGUUGCUGCUGCUAACUGUAUCAACAUUCCAUUAAUGAGGCAACGGGAAUUGAAGUAUGGUAUACCAGUCACAGAUCAGAAUGGAAAUCGAAUAGGAGAAUCUCCUAAUGCUGCUAAACAAGCCAUCACUCAGGUGGUCGUCUCCAGAAUUCUGAUGGCUGCGCCUGGCAUGGCUAUUCCUCCAUUUUUAAUGAACGCUUUGGAAAAGAAAGCAUUCCUUAAGCGAUUUCCAUGGAUGAGUGCCCCCAUACAAGUAGGAUUAGUGGGAUUCUGCUUGGUAUUUGCGACACCACUUUGCUGUGCAUUAUUUCCUCAAAAUAGCUCAAUGUCUGUGUCACGCUUGGAGCCUGAACUUCAAACAUACAUCAAGGAAAACAAUCCAGGGCUGGAGAGAGUCUACUUUAAUAAAGGAUUGUAAUCCGGCCUGUUCAGUCACCUCAGGGGUUGUGCAUUUUCUGGAAAUGUCUUCUUCACCUCAUAGGAAAGAAAAGAAGGUCCUAAACACCCUUUUACAGAACACAAGAUAUUUGUUUUAUAUGUUUUAAAGAAAUGUAGCCUCAUGAUUUAUUUUUACACAAAAGAACGUUCCGACAUGACAUUCAAUUUAUUUUUACAGGUUUGACACUUUAUCUUGUUAAAAUGUUACUUUAUUUUAGUAAUGUUGUCUGUCCGCUUCUUGCCUGGUUUGCAUUUGAACGCAAACUGUUCUAAGAGUGAGACAAGUUAAGGCAGAUAUGAAAUCUUCUAUCCAGAAACCUAUUGUUCAGUAUUAUUUUGAUUGAACCACUUUCAUUUUAGUUUGUUUCACUUCAUUUUGGUAUUUUGCAUCUUUUUGGAGACAUCAUAAUACUCUGAAAAUUGAGCCUCUUUUUCUGAUUGGUGCUAUGGGUUAUUGCUCAUCAUUGCCAUUUGCCCUGUGUAUUCUAUUAAACGAAAGCCUUAACUGGCAUCCAUUUUGGUAGUUGCCGAGAGCACAUGACAUAUUC